AUGGCAGCCUUCGUAGUUGGUCUUCUGGCUUUGGUAGCGUCGACGACGGCACAGCUUGAGGGAAGAGGCUUUCCUGACUGUGAGAAUGGGCCUUUGAGGAACAAUUCCGUCUGUGAUACAUCUGCAGAUCCAUUGUCAAGAGCAACAGCCCUGAUCGCUGCAUUCACGCUCGAGGAGAAAUUGAACAAUACAGGCAGUACAGCGCCUGGCGUCCCCCGACUUGGUCUUCCUGCCUAUACCUGGUGGCAAGAAGCGUUGCAUGGAGUGGCACAGUCUCCUGGAGUCAACUUCUCGGAUUCUGGCGAAUUUCGUUAUGCGACAUCCUUUCCCCAACCCAUAUUAAUGGGCGCAGCAUUUGAUGACGAGCUCAUUAAGGACGUUGCUACAGUCAUAAGCACUGAAGCUAGAGCAUUUAGCAAUGCCAACAGAGCUGGUCUGGACUUCUGGACGCCGAACAUCAAUCCUUUCAAGGACAGUCGAUGGGGAAGAGGGCAGGAAACUCCUGGCGAAGACCCACUACACCUCAGCAGUUACGUUCACUCUCUGAUCGAAGGGCUGCAAGGAAGCCCUGACGACAAGUACAAGCGAGUGGUCGCAACCUGCAAGCACUUCGUCGCCUACGACAUUGAGAACUGGAACGGCAACUUUCGAUACCAAUUCGACGCCCAGGUCAAUCAGCAAGACCUGGUGGAGUACUACAUGCCGCCUUUCGAGAGUUGCGCCGGAGACUCCAACGUUGGCGCUUUCAUGUGCUCUUACAAUGCGUUGAACGGCGUGCCGACCUGUGCCGACCCAUGGCUUCUUCAGACCGUCUUGCGAGAGCAUUGGAACUGGACUGCGGAGGAGCAGUGGGUGACUUCUGACUGCGAUGCUAUACAGAACGUAUACCUGCCCCAUGAAUAUGGCAAGACGCGCGAAGAGGCUGCAGCCUUGUCUCUAAAGGCUGGGACUGAUGUCAACUGCGGUACCUACUACCAAGAGCAUCUACCAGCGGCGUACGACCAAGGCCUCAUCAACGAGACUGACCUCAACACUGCACUUAUCCGCCAAUACUCUUCACUUGUCAGGCUCGGAUAUUUUGACGGAAUGGCCGUUCCAUACCGAAGUCUCACCUGGGAUGAUGUCUCAACUCCCCAGGCUCAACAGCUAGCAUACAAGGCUGCAGUCGAGGGCAUCACUCUUCUCAAGAACGACGGCACCCUCCCUUUCCAAAUCCAGAACAGCACCAAGAUCGCCCUGAUCGGAGACUGGGCAAAUGCGACGGAUCAAAUGCUAGGUAACUACGACGGCAUCCCACCCUACUUCCACUCGCCGCUAUAUGCUGCUCAACAGUCAGGGGCAACUGUGAACUUCGCGGGAUAUCCUGGCGGCCAGGGCGACCCGACUACCGACAACUGGCUCCAUAUCUGGAAUGCCGCGAACAAUUCGGACGUCAUCGUCUACGCUGGCGGCAUCGACAACUCCGUCGAAGCUGAGGCCCAGCUUGACGUGAUCGGUCAACUCGCUACGUAUGGCAAGCCCGUCAUCGUACUCCAAAUGGGCGGUGGACAGAUUGAUAGCAGCCCGCUCGUCAACAAUCCCAACAUCAGCGCCCUCAUCUGGGGAGGCUACCCAGGCCAGGAUGGCGGUGUUGCUCUCUUCGACAUCAUCCAGGGCAAGGCAGCGCCAGCAGGUCGUCUGCCUACUACUCAAUAUCCAGCCGACUACAUCUCCCAAAUCCCUAUGACAGACAUGACCCUCCGCCCCAACGCAACCACAGGCAGCCCCGGCCGCACGUACAUGUGGUACACCGGCAAACCGAUCUACGAAUUCGGCUACGGACUGCACUACACCAACUUCAGCGCCUCUUUCUCCAACAACAGCACCUCCGCCUCAUCCUACAGCAUCUCCUCUCUGCUGGACGGCUGCACAGAAUCCUACAAAGACCGCUGCGCCUUCCAGACCUUCGCCGUCGAUGUCAAGAAUACCGGCGCCGUCACCAGCGACUACGUGACUCUAGGCUUCCUCGCGGGGACUCACGGUCCGGCACCAUACCCUCGUAAACGACUCGUCGCCUACCAGCGAUUGCACAACGUCACAGGCGGCGCGAUGCAGACGGCUUCGCUCAAUCUGACGCUCAACAGCCUGGCUCGAGUCGACGAUAUGGGCAACAAGGUCCUGUACCCGGGAGACUAUGCGCUGUUGAUCGACACGCAGCCCCUGGCGACGGUCAAUUUCACUUUGACGGGCGAGCCUGCUGUGCUGGAUGAGUGGCCGCAGCCACCGGCGGCGAGGGGUCAGAAUAAGGAUUACUUUGUUGGUGGGUAUGGCUCGACGUAUGAGGAGCAGGUGCCGGUUGAGUGA